AUGCAAGCUUUAGAAGGGAAUCUACCAUUCUGUUGGCAAUCUAAUGAAAGAGCAUUCCUGAAAGAUUUUGUUGCUUGUACUCCUGGUACUAGUGGAGGAAGAUUAGCAAGAUGGUUACAGCCUGAUUCCUAUCUAGAUCCUAAACAAUGUGAAAUAGUGUGUAAUAAAGAAGAACUAAAAUGCAGUUGGCCAGCUGUGAUAACUAUAAUGAAUAAAGAUCAGUAUGGACAGUUAGUUAAUGUACCUAAUCUAAAGGUGGAAGUAAAAGCAGUACCAGUAGAUAUGAAAGAUGGAUUAGGUGAUGACAGUAAGAAGAUGAGAAGGUUAAGUAGACCUGAUGAUGGGGACCUGACAUUUGGUGGUUUACCCACUCCAGUACUAGAUGUACCAUAUGAACCAGUGGUUAAAGAUAGGAGGGAUAUCUUCCAUUCUAUUACUAUGAUGAAGUGCUAUGAAAACUAUUCAUUUGAAGAGCUAAGAUUUGCUGCACCAGCUGUACCUAGACCUAGUGAGAAUAUGUUAGUCAGGGCUAAUCUAGAUGGUACUUAUAGUGCUAAUUGGACACCAGGCUGUGUUGGCUUUUAUAAUAUACAUGUUACAAUUGAUGGCUUUGAAACAGGAGAUGUGUAUAAGGUUGAAGUUAAAGAACCACCUCAAGGUGUAACACCACCACCUCAAAGCAUUAAGAAGCACCAUCAACCUAGUAGGGUAAGCACACUCAAUUUAUCAUCACAUCAUCAUCCUAGUAGGAUGCGUAAAUUUGUAGCUAAAUACAGUGCUGGAUUAAGAAUAAGAAUACAUCCAACUUUACAGUCAGAACAAUGUGGUGUAAUCAAACCUGAUGGAAUCAUUUCUUUUAUUGAUGAGAUCCACAAUGAUGAUGGAGUAUGGGUAAGAUUGAGUCCUGACAGUAUCAAAGAUUGGUGUGAUAAUGGGUAUGUAGAGGCCUGGUGUGUACAAUAUAACCAACAUUUAGGGAAGACAUUACUAGUUCCUGUUGAUGAACCUAAAUCUGUAUUAGAUAUGAAAGAACCAAUGAUAAGGGAAUACACUGAGCCGAGAUCAAAACCUACCAAAGGACCCAGAGGUCCUGGAGUAUAUCAAUGUAUUAAUUGUGGAUCCUAUGGACAUAAUAUAAGAACCAGACCUAAUCUGAAAGCAACUGCCAUUGGUAUGGUAACUUUAGGAGAAAAACUUGUAGCUAUUGAUGAAGUAAUUAACCAGGAUGGAGUGUGGGUAAAAUUAGAUCCAGAGAGUAAAGAUAAUUACUGUUUUAAUAAGGAGUCUGAAGCCUGGUCUCUGGUGUGUAAUGUCAGUGGUACAGCUUUCCUACAACAUGAGUCUGAUAUAGCUGAUAGUGAUCCAUUCUCCUUUAAUACUUUACCACAAACUGUACAGAGGGGUUUUGAUUUUUCUGCAGCUCAAGGUGAGAGUAGAUUCAAUGGAAAUGGACCAACACCUAAUCCAUCACCACCUGGUUCACCUAAAGUAUCAUCAAGAAGUUCUAGUCCUAAACUCAAAACUGAUUCGGGGGGAUCUACUAGAUCACAGUCACCAUCAGUAAGAGGGGAAAGUACUGGUAAAGAAGAAACAUUUAAAACACCACCAUCCUCACCUCUACCAAUAAAAGUUAAUAAACCUAAAUUACACAGAGAAGAUUCCUUUGAAAGAAUAUCCAAAUCUCCAUCAGCCAGUCCUCCAUCUGUAAAGAAAAGUAUAAGAAAGGACGAAGAUAGUAAAGAUUCAAGUUCGAUUGGGUCUGGUUUAUUAAGACCUGAUGAUAAAGGCUCCAGUGUAGAUGGUGUUCAGACAGGAUCACCCAGUGUUAAAUUUACUGCUAUUCCCAAAACAGUAAGUCCUCAUAGAACAAGAAGUAGAAGUCCAAAACAGCUCUCUGCUUCAAGUUCAAGGUCAAAUAGUCCAUCAAUUCCUGGUACAUUUAAUAUUGGUACUGAUGAUCCUGUUAGGCUGUCUCCAAAGGCAGCAAGGAAAGAUAGAGGAAGACAAUUAAGGUCAAAACGUGAAAGAGCUGCUUCACCAUCUCCAAGAGAUACCACACCAGUUGGUAUAAACAGAGGUCAAGCUUCUUCAUCAGCAUCUAUUAUUCAUGAUCAGCUACGAGAACCAGUCCAUGAAGCUCUUUCCCCAUCUGUAGCUGAAUGUAUGAGGGCUGUUUUUGCUGCAUUCAUGUGGCAUGAAGGUAUUGUCCAUGAUGCCAUGGCUUGUGCAUCCUGUUUGAAAUUCCAUCCUGACCUUUCAAAAGAAAUGUCUAAGACUAAAAUCAAGAAGGAAGAGAAGCCAAGGACUAGACAUUUGACUGAUUCCAGUAAAGAUAAGAAAGAGAGAAAGAAGGAGAAUAUCAAUGAGAGUCGUAAAGAAGAUAUUUCUGAUGAUUCCCAGCUUCCACCUACACUUCAACAUCUGGUGUAUUUCUGGGAAGAUUUAGCUGGAGCUGUUUUGAAGGUGGUGAAGCAGGAUAUAGUAGUCCCUAGUCCAGCUCUGAUGAAUCGAGAAAAGAAAGUAGUGGAAAAGAAGGACAGGAACAAGGAUAAGGAGAGUAAGAGUAAGAAGAGAAAGGAAGGUAAAGCUCGAGGAAAGGGAAUGUUUGGAGAAGAUGUAGCUAGAUUGUUUGGAGCUCAAGGCCCUGGGAAUGGAGGAGGAGGGGAAAAAGAAUCUGUGUGUGAGCUUUGUGAUUUCUCAUUUAGCCAUCCAGUUACUUACCACAUGAGACAAGCUCAUCCUGGCUGUGGACGCCAUGCAUGUGGAAAGGGUUACAAUAGUGGUGGAAAUUUCUGUGGGGGUUGGGCUGGUAAUUGUGGGGAAGGAGGCAUAGGAGGAAGUAGUUGGUAUUUGAUGUGUGACCAAUGUCGUGACAAAUAUUUAAAAGAAAAAAGACAGUCACAGAAAGAGAAAGAGAGAGAAAAAACCAAGAAAGUGAAGAAAAAGACAACUGUUAUGAAACCCACUUCAACUCUUGUUACUCAUUUGGAUGUUCACACAGUGUUAAAGAACAAUGCCAUGUUCCUCCUGGAUUUAGCAAGUGCUAGUGGAUUUACUCUUCCAAAAAAUAUCAAGAAGAAUGGUCAUAGUCGCAGUGAUAUAUACUUGCCGAGUGUCAGUGAAAAUUUGAGUACAGAAUCAGAACCGUUUCCACCAAUUCCUUACAUGUCUAAUCUGAAAACUCCAGGCCAUUCACCACAACCAAAAUCAGCUGGCACCAGUCCUGAUUCUGAAGCAGGGAAGAAGAUAUUCCAUCGGAGUAUAUCAGAGAUGUCAACAGAUGAUGAAAAUGGUGCCAAUCAUGAGAGGAAUCGUAUGGUUACACCUCGACGUAGGAACAACAGUGGUGGUGUUGGAGAUGGAGGUAUGUCUUUACUGAAACACCCAUCAGCAGCCAUGACUAAACUGAUAUUAUCUCUAGACAGUACCACUGAUUUCGGUGAGAUGAGACUUAGACGUCCAGUAUUAGACUUUAUUAUCCAGAGACAUGAUUUAGAUGGUUUACAAUGGGCAAUGAGACAGGCCUUACGUAAGGCAGCUUGUAGAGUUUUCGCUUUGCAGGCUUUUAAUUGGUUACUUAGAAGUGUUAUUCAGCCAUCUUGUAUCCAUGAUCUACUGUGGUUCUUUGUUGCUUCUUUGAUGCCAAGUCCUGUUGAAGAGGACGAAGAAGAAGAUAAAGAUGGGAAAGAAGGAAAAGACAAGGACCUAAAGGAAAUAAAAGAUCCCAGAGAAAUAGCUCUGAAGAAUUUGAUGAAAAGAGAUCAAGAGGAGAAUCCACUUUGUGAUCAUCCAAUAGAAGAUAUAGCACUAGCAGGAAAAGCUGUAGCACCUUUACCAGAAGUAUUUCAUACAUUCUUACAAUCAAUAUCAGAUAUAAUGAUGCAUCUACCAUCUGGUUCUGCUCUACAGCGUAUGGGAGUAUGUUGUUAUUCUAUCAAGUUUCAACAGUCAGACCACCAGUUUCUACAUGAGAGUCAUGUAUUUAGUAAUAUAUCUAGAAUAUUGACUAGAUCAGAGGAAGACAAUGAUGAUAAUAGUAUAGAUUUCUCUCAAGUUCAGGUUGGUUUCAGAGUAUCAUGUUUAAAAGAUAUUACAUCACAAACUGAUAUGAAGGCUUCCAGUAGACAAGCUAUGAUAGGUAGUUUAAAUGAUAAUACAACAGAAACAUUUUGGGAGAGUGGAGAAGAAGACAGGAAUAGAUUGAAAUCAUUAACAUUAGAUUGUUCUAAUAAAACAGAACCAUAUGCUAUAUACGUUCAUAUUGAUAACUCCAGAGAUAUUCAGAAUAAAGUUGGUAACAUUACAUUUAGUGCUGGAGUUGGUGUUGAAGAUAUUCAUAAACUUAAAUCUGUUGAUUUAGAAAGCCGCCAUAUUGGAUGGAUCUGUUGUUCUAUACCAGAUUCUAACUACCGUCAUAUACAGCUUGAACUUAAAGGACCUGAUCAGAGUUUACGUGUUCGUCAAGUUAAGAUACUAGGUACAAUUGAAGAUGAAGAUAUAAAUCUACCUGUUAAAAAGAAUGCACUCGAUCUUCAACAAGAUUUUUGUGAAGCUGAAACUCUUCGUGUGUUUAGAAAUUUGACAUCACAGGUAUUUGAUAAACUGAUAUUCAAUGAUCAAGAAUCUGAUGCUAUAGAUGGUGAUAAUGAUCUAAAAGAACAUAUGGUAGGAAUAUUAUUUAGUAGGAGUAAAUUCUCACAUCUACAGAAACAGGUAUGUUCUCAUAUAGUACAAGGAUUCCGUAAAGAGACAGCUAGAAUAAGAGAAGAAUGGGAACAUUCACUUACUAAUAGAGAGGACAAACUAGAAGAAAAUAGAGCCUCUGAUGUAUAUUGUUUUGAGUUAUUAUCAAUGGUAUUAGCUCUAAGUGGAUCAACAGUGGGAAGAAAUUAUCUCUCACAACAACAUGGUUUGAUACAGGCUCUGUUUAGUUUAUUACAUACAGCUACACCUAGAAUACAGAGACAGGUUAUAUCUGUUUUAAGAAGAGUAUUGCCCGAUAUUAAACCUCAAGCUCUAGCUAGUAUACUUUCAAUACCAGCUCUACCACCAGUCGACUAUAGUAUUAUAUCAGCUGGUAACAGAGACGAAGAACGAUAUGCUGACUUUGAUCCAGAGACCCCUGGAAUAUUGGAUGUUUUCUUAGCAUGUAUUAGUAAAGCAUUAACAGUUCAGACUAAAGUCAAGACAGUAGGACCCAGUAAAGGUCUUACAACUCAUACUUUAGCUGAAAACAUUGCUUCUGAUAAAUAUUCAAGAUGGUGGUUCCGUGGUGAAAUGUCAGCUGGACUUGCUAAUAGUGUUAUACAACUAGUACAAGAUAUGGCCACGGGAAAAUUUUCUGAUCUAUGGGCAGUAGUUACUAAAGCUGCUAUAGCUGAAGCUAUUUUAAACCUAACUAAAUUAGAUGAAGAAUUAAGAGCACCUGAAAUCUGUCUCACCACACCAACACUAUGGUUAGCCCUAGCCUCUCUAUGUGUAUUAGAUAAAGAUCAUGUUGAAAGAUUAUCAUCUGGUGAAUGGGUCAGUAGUCCUGAUACACAACAUGGUCAGCCAAGGCCAACAUGUGAUAACCAUGAUGAUAAUGUAACAUCAGCUAUUAUACUGUGUACAGAAUGUGGUAAUCUAUGUGCUGAUUGUGAUAGAUAUCUACAUUUACAUCGUAGAACUCGUACACAUCAACGACAGGUGUUUAAAGAAGAGGAAGAAGCAAUAAAGGUAGAUUUACAUGAAGGAUGUGGAAGAACCAAACUAUUCUGGGUGAUGGCUUUAGCUGAUUCCAAAACAUUGAAAGCAAUGGUGGAAUUCAGAGAAGGUAAAGUAUCAAGUGCUAGUAUGGGACCAGGUACCUGUAGAUUCUGUGGAGCUACCAGUAAGACAGGAGUAUUAGCUAUAGGUAAUGUCUGUUCUGAUCCUGAUUGUCAGGAGACAGCUAAGUUAGCUUGUAGUAAGAUCUUACCAUGUCACCAUCCUUGUGGUGGAAUCAAGAAUGAAGAGAAGUGUCUACCCUGUCUACAUGGAUGUAAAAAUGGUGAUGGUGAACAGUUGAAACAAGAUGCUGAUGAUAUGUGUAUGAUAUGUUUUACUGAGGCUCUAUCUGCAGCUCCUGCUAUUAAGUUGAAAUGUGGUCAUGUAUUUCAUCUACAGUGUAGUAGAACUAUUCUAGAGAAAAGAUGGGUUGGCCCAAGAAUUACGUUUGGUUUUUCACUUUGUCCUAUUUGUAAGGCUACUAUAGAUCAUCCAGUAUUAAAAGAGCUAUUAGAUCCUAUAAGAGAACUAUAUGAUGAUGUUAAACGUAAAGCCUUAAUGAGACUGGAGUAUGAAGGACUACACAAGGCAGAAGCUAUAACUACACCAGGAGCUAGGUUUUAUAAAGAUCCUGCUGGAUUCUCUAUGGAUAGAUAUGCUUACUAUGUCUGUUAUAAAUGUAAUAAGGCGUAUUAUGGAGGUGAAGCUAGAUGUGAUGAACAGGCUGGUGGAGGUGAAGAUUAUGAUCCUAAAGAACUUGUUUGUGGUGGUUGUUCAGAUGUUUCUAGUGCUCAGAUGUGUCCCAAACAUGGCACUGAUUUUCUGGAGUACAAAUGUCGAUAUUGUUGUUCUGUGGCUGUAUUUUUCUGUUUUGGUACCACCCAUUUCUGUAAUGCCUGCCAUGAUGAUUUCCAACGUGUCACCAAUGUUCCUAAAUCAGAACUACCACACUGUCCUGCUGGACCUAGAUGUAAACAGUUAGAUGGUGAUGAAUGUCCUCUUCAUGUCCAACAUCCAGUAACAGGGGAAGAAUUUGCUCUUGGCUGUGGUGUUUGUAGAAAUGCUCACACUUUUUAA